CUACUGUUUAUUUAAUUAAAAGUCAAGAGUUAUAUAAAAUGAUAUUAUCAAGAUCGAAACCGGCGUCCGAGAGUCGCUCGAGCACCGCCAGCAGUUCAGUAAAGAAGAACUUUCCAGAACUCGAAGAUUUUCUCUUGAAGAGAGAUUAUGUCGGUGCGCUGACUAUGCUAGAGUUCUUAAAACACGAAGGCAACAAAGACGUAUGGUGCGACGUGUGGUCGGCGUGGUGCUGGUUCCAUCUCGGCGACUAUCAGCGGGCGGCAGACGCCUACGUCAAAGUCAGAGAACACAACAAAAUAGAUGAAAGAAUAGCUGAUAAUAUAGAAAUGGAUAUUGCUGUGUGCUAUUUCUAUUUAGGGAUGUACAAGGAAUCGCAAGAGGCCGCCGAAAAAGCUCCAACAUGCACCUUGAAGAACCGACUACAGUUCCACUUGGCUCACAAGCUCAACGACGAGGAAGGUCUGAUGCGUACUCACGCUGCCCUUCGAGAUAUACCGGAAGACCAGCUCAGCUUGGCCUCAGUUCACUACCUGAGGGCUCAUUACCAGGAAGCUAUUGAUGUUUACAAGAAGUUGUUGCUCGAAAGACGGAGCUACAUGGCAUUGAAUGUGUACGUGGCGUUGUGUUACUACAAGCUGGAUUACUACGACGUGUCUCAAGAAGUACUGGGGGUGUAUCUCGCCCAGCAUCCUACCUCCACCGUCGCUGGGAACCUGAAGGCUUGCAAUCUUUUCAGGCUGUAUAACGGAAAAGCAGCCGAAAACGAAUUGAAGCUGAUAUCCUCAGACCAGCACACGUUCGGGCAGGAUCUGGUCAAACACAACCUUGUCGUAUUUAGAAACGGCGAGGGAGCCUUGAAGACCCUCCCUGGACUAGUAGACGUGGUUCCAGAAGCGCGUCUGAACUUGGCCGGGUACAGGCUCCGCAACAGGGAGCCGCUAGAAGCGAGGGUCCUGCUAGAGCCCUUGCACCCCACGUCGCCGCUACACUACAUACUGCGCGCUGUGGUCGCCGUCAGGAUAUACAACGACACUUCCGAUGAUGAGCAGAUGAAGCUAGCUCAGCAGAGUUUCCAUCUUGUGGGCAGUUCUGCGUCGGAAUGCGACACGAUCCCGGGACGACAGUGCAUGGCGUCCUCUUACUUCCUCGCCGGACAUUUCGAGGAGGUGCUGGUCUACCUGAACAGCAUCAAGAGUUUCUUCGUCAAUGACGACACAUUCAACUUUAAUUAUGCGCAGGCCAAAGUCGCAACCGGAUUUUACAGAGAGGCCGAAGAAUGCCUGUUGGCUAUACAGGACGAGAACAUGCGCAGCUCGUUUACUUACCUAGCCUGUCUCUGUCGAUGUCACGUCAUGAACAAGGACGCACAUCUCGCUUGGCAGAUAUGUGCUAAUUCCGCAGGCACCCCGGACAGCUUUGCACUGCUACAGCUGGUCGCGAACGACAGCUACCGAAUGGGUCAGUUCCUGGUGGCGGCCAAAUGCUUUCACAUGCUGGAUCGUCUGGACGGCGGCCCGGAGAUGUGGGAGGGUCUGAGGGGAGCCGUGUGCGGAUGCGCUCAAGCUGCUGCAGCCAACAAACCGGGAGCGGCUGCCGAACUGCGGGACGCACUGGCUCUGCUCAAAGGACCAAGAGCUCAUCCGAGAGCUGACCACGUGGUCCGUCCUAUAGCUAAAUGGGCCCAGCAAAAUAGAAUACCGAUUUGA